AAUAAGCUUGUACUGCAGGUUGGUUUGAUGUUCUAUAUCUGCAUCUUCUGGACAUCUUCAUCGCUCUUUGGAGCAGUUUAUGUGUUCCCCUUCGAGAAGAUAUACCUGGUGAAAGAAAGAAAAGCAGACAUGUACAGGCUAAGCGUGUACUACGUAUGCAGUACACUAUGUGAUAUGGUGGCACACGUUUUGUACCCUACAUUCUUCAUGAUCAUUGUCUACUUCAUGGCUGGGUUCAGUAGGACAGUCCCCUGCUUCCUUUUCACCGUGUUGACAAUACUACUUAUAGCCAUAACUAGCCAAGGUGCAGGAGAGUUCUUAGGAGCUUCGGUGUUGAGCAUUAAGAGGGCUGGUAUGAUCGCCUCUUUGGUACUAAUGAUGUUUCUUCUAACAGGAGGUUACUAUGUUCAGCACAUACCCAAGUUCAUGCAGUGGCUGAAGUACUUGUCCUUCAUGCACUACGGCUUCAGACUGCUUUUGAAAGUUCAGUACACAGGGGACCAAGUUUUCGAUUGUGCGAGCAAAGGCGGCUGCAGGACACUGCAGAGCUCAUCAUCCUUCGACACAGUUAACUUGAAUGGUGGUCUAGAAGAACUGUGGGUUCUGCUUGGCAUGGCAUUUGGCUACCGUCUUUGCACAUACUUCUGCCUUCGCAAGAAAAUAAGCAUUUGUCAUCUUUGAAAAGGAACAAGUGAGAACUGCAGAGACCAAAAAUAUAUGUAACAGAGAUCAGAAACGACUCUAUCAGGCUAUUUCCAGUUUUGUGCCAAUGGUGUCAGUGAUAGAUAAGAAUCUAGUAGAAAUCUGAGAAAUAGCAUUAAAUUCAAACGCAUAAGCUUUUUUAUAUUAAACAAUAAGAAGUUGGGUUCAGUAUUA